CCCAAGUCGCAGGAGGACGCCAAUGGGGCCACCGAUGGUGCAGGCGAAGCGGAAUUGGCGAAGGAGGACCAGAAGGCCGAAGACGCAAAUCUACAGCACCAAGAGGAGAUUCACAGUUAUGUGGAGCGCAUAGACGCUUUGGAAGCCAAGCUACAGUUUCUCGCAAGGGAAACCACCGACUCGGCGAGGAAGGCAGCCUUGGAAGCGCCGCCUGGGAGCGUCGAGAAGACGCUGGCCGAAAAGGACCAGCAGAUUGCGCAGUUGAUGGAGGAGGGAAAGAACCUGGCGAGCGCGGAUCAUAAACACCGCGCCCUAGUGAAGAAGCUGCGUGCUAGUAUUUCCGACAACGAAAAGGAACUCAAUGCCCUGCGGACAGCGAAGAACAAAAUCGAUAAAGAGCUUGAAACUCUGCGCAGCCGAGCCCGCCGUGCCGACGAGCUCGAAAAAGCGCACGAUGACCUACAGAAGCUGCUGGGCCAGACGCAAAAGGAGCUCAACACUCUGCGAACAGAAAUUCGCUCCAAAGACAGCACCAUCGCAGAGCUCCGCUCUCAACUGCAGAAAGCCACCGAGCAAGCAGAUGCCCUGGCGGCCAAGGCGAACGAGGAAGCGCGAGAGCAGGACAAGCGGCGAAUCGCGGACCUUGAGGAAGAAGUGGCCGCACUCAAAGUCGAAAAGGCCCUCAUCACGGACCGCAGCAAGGCGCAAGCUACCGAGCUGCGCGAGAAGGCAGAGCGGGCUAACGAGCGGGCGCGUGCGCUGGAACUGGAGCUCAAGGCGGAGGUGCAGGUCAUGGAGGGCAAGCUCGAGGAGAUGCGGGCGCGGGCCGAGGAGGCGUCAUCGGGCGCUGCCGGCGACACACAGGCCAAGCUGCUCCGGCAGAUCGAAACGUUGCAGACGCAGUACUCGAUCGCUAGCGAAAAUUGGCAGGGGAUCGAAACAACACUGCUUGCGCGGAUCACUGGACUGGAGAGGGAACGCGACGAAGCGUUGCAGCGGGAAUCGGAGAUGCGGAGGAAGGCAAGGGAGGCUGCCGCCCGUGCGAAGCGACAGGAAGAGGAACUCGAAGAGGCCAAGACCAAGAUCCCCACCAUCCAGGAGGAUGUCAAGUCCUACCGGACGCAGCUCGACUCACUUAAGAAGCGGGCCGAAGAAGCCGAGUCUGCACUGGCCAAAGCCACGGCCGACUUCGAGAAGCAAAAGCAAGCUUGGGAGGCCGAAAAGGAAGAACGCCAGCUACGCGAGGUCCCCGAACGCCCCCGCUCCUGGCUCGAAGGCAUUCCCGGCGGCUCGUUCCUCAAGCCCGAAAGCCGCCCUGCAUCGCCACAACUGACCACCCCGCAACGGACCUUUAGCACCGACUUCCUAGGCAUCUCGAUCCCUGCCAAUAAACUUCGCAAGGCCUCGGGCCCCUCUAGCAAGAGCGAUGCCGGGGGCGCCGCUUUCGAGUCGCGAAUGCCCUUCUCCCGCCGCCCGUCGGCGCAACCGCCCUCCGGCCGUCCGACCCUCAACUCGAACCCGAGCGGAAGCGGCAUCUUCAGCCCGCCCAGCGUCUUCAGUCCGACCUCGGACGCGCCUCCCUCCCACUAUCCGGGCGGCGGCGCCGGCGCCGGCCACCCGCUGGACAUGGAAGACCAACGCGGCGACGACGCCUUCGACAGCGGCAGCCGCGCCGGCGGCAUCAUCAUCGGCGAGCGGUCGGCGUCGCCUCAGCAGAUGCUGCAGGACAUGGUCUCGGUCUCCACGGUCGCCGCGGGGCCGUCGGUGCAGCUGGUCGAGCGGAUGAGCGCGGCGAUCCGGCGGCUGGAGAGCGAAAAGGUGGCCGCGCGGGAGGAGCUCGCGCGGAUCUCGCGGCAGCGCGACGACGCGCGCGGCGAGAUCAUCACGCUCAUGCGGGAGCUGGAGGCCGGCAAGGCCGCGGCCAAGAGGGCGGAGGCGCUGGAGGCGGAGAUGGCCGAGGUGAAGGAGCGGUACGAGACUACGCUGGAGCUCUUGGGCGAGAAGAGCGAGCUGGUGGAGGAGCUGCGGGCGGAUAUCGACGACAUGAAGGCCAUGUAUAGGGAUUUGGUGGAGAGGACGGUCAAGUAA